AUGGUGAAGUUGAAGGUGAGGAUGAAGAUGACGAAGAUGAUGAUGACGGAGAAGUGGAAGUAACAGGCCAGGUGGUCUAUGAAGAUGAUGAUGAUGACGAAGAUGAAGAAAAUGUAGAAGAUGAAGAUGAUGAUGAUGAUGAAGAAGAUGGUGAGGAAGAAGAGGAUGAGGAAGGAGUAGAGGACGAGGAAGAUGAGGAAGACGACGAGGUUGGUCUGGACUACCUUGAAAAAGAAGAUUUGGAAGAUGACAGUGAAGGUGAAGACUUUGCACCAGGGGCAGAUGAUGAUGAUGAUGAAGUGGAAGUUGAAGAAGAUGACGAAGCACCAAGGGGGACAAAGAGAAAAUUGGAUGAAGAAGACGAGGAGGAAGAAGAGGAAGACGAGGAUGAUUAAAGAGAAAACUUUUUAAAAGAAUGUUGCAUGGUAUGAUAGGUAUCGAGGCACUCUGUGCAUGUGGCACACAGUAGCGCAGAAGAGUAGAGGCAGCAGGAAAUAAAAUCAAUUCUGACCUGGACCAGUCUCCAGCGUUUGCAAAAUUUAGCUUGCAAUCUGCUGUGGUGUUUUUAGUGAUAUUUCAAUCAACAGCAAGAACAUUUAAGGGAGGUGACAAAUUAUAGAACAAUCAUCGUGUCCUGAAUCAGAUUGAAAGACAGAAGUAUUUGUACAUUGUAGCAUAGUCUUCGCAUUGUUACUGUCAUUCAUCUGUCAUUGUUACUGACAUUAGUGUCAAUAUCUUCAACAAAACAGACAGGUAAUAUUGUUGAAUUGUGUAAAGAUGCCUAUAUUCUUACACAGAAGUGUUUAGGUCUCCAUCUCCUGUCAGAAUGUUUUGACUUGUCUUGAUAUUUGUAUAAUUUUGUAGAUGUUUUCUCAGACCUGAGAAAGUGAACUAGCAUUUUUGUACAGUAUAUAUAAUAUUGCCCUAGGAACAGACAAACCUUUUCUCACUCAUUUUUUAAUUCAGCCCAGCGUCAAACGAUUAUUGUUAUAGCUGAUGUAACCUUUCAAUUCAUUAUAUUUUACAAUCUGUUACAUUUAAGUUGUACAGAUUUGGUCAUUCCAAUGUACUUUUGUCUGUUCUUUGUUGCAAUAAAUUUUUUAUAAACAUGAA